ACCGAACAUCACUCACUGACUUGUGUCUUUUCUAGUCAGGAUUCCGUUGGUUUCUUCAGAAAGUUUGACUGAGCCUCAAGACAGAUUCAGGCUUCAACCUUACGUUUCGCAUCUAUUUCCACAUUCAAAGAAGCGCACGUACAGCGCGUCACCUUGCUCGCGCAUAAUCAUGUCACCCAACAUCUAAACUUGCUUCACCUGCCUACCUACGUAGCAUUCAUUACCUACCACAAAGAAAGUUGCGGCCUGGUCCAGUCCACCUCAAACCCGUGCGGCUCGAAGAAAACCGAAUAGUGAACUUCACAGGAUCGUACUUCCUUUUAGUUUCAAUCGAGAUCCUACUGCACCUGAGCGAGUCGAAGCAGCCAGCGAAGAUCUGCCCAUCAUGGACGACUUUGACAUUGAGAUGGGAGAUGUCGAGACGUUCCCUGCUACUACCUACGAUGCAGACGACAUCCUUCCAGUCGACGAUGAUAUCCUAUCCGCCGACGAUGCACAGGAACCUGGAGAGGUAGACGAGUCGCCGAAUGCGACUACCCAGGGGGCAGACGACAACACAGUGAUCCCGAACAAGGUUCACCUGCGCGGGUUGGAUACCAUGUCCCCAGAGGAUAUCAAGUCGUACUUUAAUCAACAGGCUGGUGGCAUGCGAUACGACCGCGUGGAAUGGAUCGAUGACACGUCGGCAAACCUUCUCUUCAGCUCAGACUCGGCUGCGGCGGAAGCCCUGGUCUUUUUGUCUGCCAUAGAAAUCACAGACCCUACAGCACUGCCACCGCGUGAGCUGCUGUCUGCCAAACCGUACACCGCCAAGCCUGAAGUGGUAUUGCAGGUGCGCUUCGCGGUUGCAUCGGAUCGCAAAGUGGCAGGUGCCGCGGCGCGAAGCCGGUUCUACCUCUUAAACCCAGAGUAUGAACGACCGGAGCGCAAUCAGCGCAGGGGCGGACAUCGGGCAGGGAGUAGGUACCGCGAUCGCGACGACUACGACCGGCGCUACUACCGUAGGAACGGCGGCGGCAGGCAUGAUGAGCGAUACGAGUACGAUGAUGAGAAUGCGGCGCCCUUCGAUGUCAACCUGUACGACGACGACGAAUCCUCUCUGGCAAAACGCAAGCCGAGGUCGAGACGAUCACACUCACGGUCACGAUCGAGGCCGCGCUCGGGCGGUUCGGGAUCGGACGGCAGCAGGAAGCCUGACAACAGCGGCAAGGAGCUUUUCCCAGACCUCGGCAAAAAGAAGGAGCGGCGCACCGGUGUACGGAAUCGUUCGGCCUCGCCCGCGCGUAGUGAUCGCGAUGGCGACGUCAGCAUGGACAGCGAACGCACCAGGUCCUCGGCGGUCCGGAACCGGCACAAGGCUCACCAGAUAAAGGAGCUAUUCCCCAGCAAGCUUGCUUCAGGCGGCAAGGUGGCGCAGAUGGACCAGGUCGAUAAGGUCGACAACGUCAGCAAGCGCCUCAGCGAUCGAAUUACGACGCGAGCUCAACCAGCGACAAGCGCUACAACAGGGAGCGGCGAUACGCUCAACAUUCGCGGCAUUACGAGAUCACAGGGCGGCGACGCUGGCACGGGGAUAUCCAUAAAAGGUCGGGCUACGGCUAAGGAGCUGUUUCCCGAGAAGUUGGGUAAUGCCGGAAAGGAGCUUUUUGCAGACAAAAUAGAAGGCCGGGGUCGUCCUAGAAGAAAGGCCGAGGACUCGUUUUAUUAAUGAGAAUCACUAGGCCAUGGUACUUCCGUUGUUGCGCAGCGUCGUCCAAGGCAGUACACUGAGCGAGAGAUCAGACUUAAUCAAAUUCUCUCAGCCUAUGGGGCAUAUUUUACUCCAUUUUAUUGCCUGUUUCCUCCUAUAUUGAUAGUUGAGACACUGGACGUGGGCUCGAACAGAAAACAAAGAGGCUCUCUCGCAUUACAUCUGACUCGAUAAUGAUGCCCAGAUGCGUUCGGCUAGUCUUCACCGGGAUGUUGGGUAGAUAUGGGAAGACGGAAAAUCACAUGGGAUAUAUCAUUGCGGGAGCUGGAUCUUGCAGGAUCAACCAUUUAUAUGCAAGGGAGAAGAACAAGUCAGGUAUGACAUGUUGGUCUUUACAGUGGCGCUUUCAAGAGUUAGAAGUAACGUUUUUGACUUAUGACCAAUACAAAGUGUCCACAAGAAUAG